AUAAUACUCCGUAUAGGCCUCCUCUGGUGUCAAUACAUCGGCGGCCAUAGGUUUUAGUUGUCACCCGCAGUGAGCGAAAAUCCGGGUGAGGCGGUGACGUGAAACUAAAGGUUGUUGUUGCAGAGAACACGUGAGGAGAGCCUUGAGCCGCCAUGGGGCGAAAGAAGCCGCAGAAGGACUCUAGACCCAAACACAAGGAAUCCCGCUUCAAGAGACCCUCCAAAAGUCUGGAGAGCUUCACCUGUGAGGUGCAUGAAGCGUUAGAUGCCAGUAUUCAGGGGGACGGCGCAGGAGAGGAUGAAGAGGCCAAGGUGAAGUUUCCAUGUGCCCUGGCAAUGUGGGAUCUGGGUCACUGUGACCCCAAGAGAUGCACGGGUCGAAAGUUGGUGCGAAAAGGCCUGGUCAGGGCCCUCCGCAUCAACCAGAGGUUCAAUGGCCUGAUCCUAAGUCCUAUGGGGACACUGUAUGUUUCACCCGCUGACAAGCAGAUUGUUGCGGACAGUGGAGUCGCAGUCAUCGAUUGUUCCUGGGCAAAGCUGGACGAGACGCCAUUCACAAGAAUGAAAGGAAGUCAUCAUCGGCUCCUGCCGUACCUGGUGGCCGCAAACCCCGUCAACUAUGGCCGACCCUGCAAACUGUCCUGCGUGGAAGCUUUUGCUGCAACGUUUUGCAUUGUCGGAUUUCCAGACUUGGCCACGAUUUUACUCAGGAAGUUUAAAUGGGGCAAAGUAUUUCUUGAGCUGAACAAGGAACUGCUGGAUAAGUACAGUAAGUGUCAAGACGUGGAGGAAGUCAAGAAGGUUGAAGCAGAGUUCUUGGCAGCGGACCAUAACAAGGAUGAUGAGGAAAUAGAUCCAUUUGAUGUUGAGUCUGGCAGAGAAUUUUCCAAUCCGAAUAGAAUCAUCUGUUCCAAAAGAUUAACAAAUGACGAUGAUGAAGAGGAGGAAGAGUCUGAUGAGGAAGAAGAUGAGGAAAGUAGUGAUGCUGCAAAAGGGAGUGAUGAAGGCUCCGGAGAGGAAAGUGAGGAGGAGGAUGAUGGUGAAGGUCAGGCGGCAUCUAGUAAACCCGUUGUUUGGAAAGGAGUCAAAAAGAGACUGAGAGACUGAGUUAUGAAAUGUAAGGUCAUCACAUCCCCUAUGAGGACUGUAUGAAAUCAUGUAUGUAUAGUGUUUUGUACAGCAAAUGUUUAAGAAUUAAAAUUAGUUUUAACUGUU